CAUAGCAGACGCAAUUCAUGACCGCUCGGCACUUUCUUUACGCAUCUGGUAAAUUUCUGCUCCCUCGCCUUCUAAUGUGCUUUUUUAAAGGUACCGUUGCGGAUGUAUGUAUUUCAGGAUAUAUUGAGGUUGUACCGUAGCGUGCCUCAUCGUGUGAUUCCCUCUGGAGAAAAUAACAUUUUUCAUCCGUCUGGUUCUUAUGUGGAACUGCGGGAGAAGAUUGCAUGGCAGAGAUCCGCUCAAAGACUACUUUAGAGAGCAAGAAUGAAAAUAAGAUGUGCACACUACAAACAUAGAUUGAGACACAGGUGCUUCCUGUUCCCUAUGUCUCUGCUGGCGCUCUGUCUGCUAAAGCUGGUCUACAUUAAAGUGACAGUGAGGAACAGCGUCUACAUUGAACCCUAUGGAAUCACUGUCAGCUUAUCCAGAGCCCACAGCCACAGAUAUGACAUCAACUGCACUGCCAUCUACGAGCUGGACCCUGUGGAGAUAGGCAAAGCUCUGGAGAUAAAACGAAAUGACAUUGUUGAUGUGGACGACGAUAGCACGGUGAGUGUGACCUCAGACUGCCAAACAUUUGUCAAAACAAGGGGUUACAAUAUGGCUCCAGUGUCGGAUGUAGAGCAGAGUUUCCCAUUGGCCUACUCCCUGGUGGUGCAUAAAAAUGCACCCAUGGUGGAGCGUAUUCUUCAUGCCAUCUAUGCACCUUAUAACAUGUACUGCAUUCACUAUGAUCAGAAGUCCUCUCCAGUGUUUAUAAAUGCCAUUAAAAACCUGGCUCAGUGUGUUCCAAAUGUAUUCAUUGCCUCAAAAUUAGAGUCUGUGGAAUAUGCCCACAUCAGCAGGCUUAAUGCUGACCUAAACUGCCUCUCUGACCUACUAAGGUCAGAGGUCAAGUGGAAGUAUGUCAUCAACCUAUGUGGCCAGGACUUUCCUCUCAAGUCAAACUAUGAACUGGUAAUGGAGCUGAAGCAGCUGAAUGGAAGUAACAUGCUGGAGUCCAGCCGACCCAGUGAACUCAAGAAACAACGCUUUAGCUUCCAACAUGAGCUGAAAAAUGUGCCUUACGAGUACCAUCGUAUUCCUGUCAAAACCACAGUUCCCAAAGAUGUUCCUCCUCAUGGAAUAGAGAUGUUCAUCGGCAGUGCCUAUUUUGUCCUGUCACGGGCUUUUGUGAAUUACAUUAGCAGCAGCCAGGUGGCAAAGGACUUUCUGGCAUGGUCUGAUGACACAUACUCACCAGAUGAACACUUCUGGGCCACCCUUGUCAGGGUCCCUGGGGUGCCUGGACACAUUCCCAGGUCAGAGGCUGACAUUACAGAUCUGAGGAGUAAGACACGACUGGUCAAAUGGAACUAUUUAGAAGGAAUUCUUUACCCAGUCUGCACGGGUACACAUAUGCGAAGCGUUUGCAUCUAUGGAGCUGCUGAACUUCGCUGGCUUCUCAACUAUGGCCACUGGUUUGCUAACAAAUUUGACCCCAAAGUGGACCCCAUUCUGAUUAAGUGUUUGGAGGAGAAGCUGAUGGAAAAACAUCAAUACGUGCAAACAUAAUGCUGAAGAGAAGAGGAAAUCUGACAAGGAGACAAGAAAAUAAUUCCAGUAUUUCUUGUGUUAUAAAGCAAAGGUGCAAAAUUAAAGAAAAAAGAAAGUAACAAAGUACAUCUACUCAGUCAUUGUAGUUAAGCACAAUUUUAAGAUGCAGGCACUUUACUUGAGUACUUUCAUGUUGUUAGCCUGAGCUUGUUAGUGCAUGUCAUUUAUCUGAUGGUAUCUAUUUCCUAUGCAGAUUAGGAUUUCUCAAACAAACACUCUAUAAGGUCAUAAAAUGUGCACUGCUAUAGUUUAGACUACCCAACACUAUAUGGAAAGGCAACACCUGAAUCACAUGAAAACAUUGCUUCAAUGAUGCAUCAGUUAUUUAACACUGUGAAAGAGAUUGUUCUCCAGAAAGAGUUCUUCAGGGUUCCCAUGGUCAAGGAAAAAAUGGAAAGGUCAUGGAAUUUCAUAAUCACUUUUUCAGGGCCUUGAAAAGUCAUGGAAUAAGUAAAAAAUAUUGAAUGUUUUGGAAAAAUCACAUCAUGGAAUUGUGUUGCGUGUAAUGGCAUUGUUACAGUAAUCUGGAUAAUCCUCCACGAAAUGUAACAUUGCAGCAAAUCUAUUUUCUGUAGCUGUCAAAGAAAUGUUGCUCUAAUUUGCAUCGAUGUGUGAUAUUUAAUUUACCAUAAAGUUUCUUCAUUUUUCACACUUUCCUUCACCACCUGAAACUAUGCUUGAGUAGAAUUUAGAGGUUCAGUUUUGCAAUAAUUUUUCUUUUUUUAUGGGUCCUUGAAAAGUCAUGGAAAAGUUUUGAAAUUUUGUUCAUCAAAAAGUGUCAGCAGGGCAUGGCGUUUCCACAUUAUUUCAUUAUUCUAAUUAUUGUCAGUCUGUAACUUUCACAGACUAUUAAAGGAAAUGUCAUCUUAAAAACA